UCAGUUCUGGCCUGAGUCACGACCUGGAGAGUUGCGCAACUAUGGAUUUCAGACUCUGAACGACCUGAGGAGGAAGACUUGGGAACACGGAGAAACCCCGAGUGUCUGCCCUGCCCCGCAUCCCCACUCCUCCUGCUUGGCUUCCCGCACUGCCCAAUUAGGUCGCUCCUCCUGCGUCUCCCCUGGCCAAUCAGGAGCGGCGGGAGCGAAGCUAGGGUAGGGAGCUCCUGAAGCCGUGGGCUCAGAGCGUAGCCGGAGCUCUCACUCUCCACGAUUCUUCCGUCGGGCGCCUGUCGCCUGCAUCGCCACCGCCACCGCAGCUGCCGCUGUGUGAUUUCCCUGCCGGCGUCCGUGGACCCUGCUGGCAGUAAUCGAGGGUGUUUUCACUCCAUUGGGAAGCCUGAAGAAAGAAGGAUCUGUCUCUAAGAAGUGAUUAUUACUCUUGGCUGUUUGGGUGCAUCGUUUACAACUUUCCUGUCACCAAGAUAUUGCCAAAGGGUCUCAUUGAAAUCAGCUGUGGAAAGAUGCCUCUCUAGUAUGACGACCCUUAGCAAUGUCAUCGCCACCCACCAGUCUGAGUGGGUAUCUUUCACUGAGGAGUCACUCUUUCCCGUUACUUCAGAAGGUGGCCCUGAGAAUCUUGUUACAGGGCUGUCUUCUUCCUCAGACAGGUCAGAGAGUUCCUCUGGGGAAAACCAGACAGUCGAUGGAGAAUCUCAGGACCUCUCUCACUCAGAGCAGGGUGAUAGCUCAGAGAAGCUGGGUCUCAUCUCAGAGCCAUCAUCCCCACCUGACAACGUCAUGCAGCCCAAAUCUGAUUUGGCCUCCGCCAUUAGCACCUGGGUUCAAUUUGAAGAAGAUACACAAUGGACCAGCACUUUGACAACUCACAAAGAAACAG